AUGUACAAGAGGUGCGAUGCAUCGAUACUUUUGGAUGGUCCCUCGGGCGAGAAGACUGCACCUCCAAACCUGAGUGUAAGGGGCUACGACAUUAUCGACGAAGCUAAAGCUGCAUUGGAGAAGGCCUGCCCAGGUGUCGUUUCAUGUGCAGAUAUCAUCGUCGCAGUGACAAGGGAUGCAGUUGCCUUGGGUGGGGGUUUGAGGUAUGAAUUGCCAUUGGGAAGGAGGGAUGGGAAAGCCUCCCUUGCCAGUAACGUGAAUCUCCCAGCUCCUUCAGCAACAGUGGCACAGGCGCUCAGUGCAUUCAAAGGGAAGGGACUCACUGCAGCUGAAAUGGUUCUUCUAUUAGGUGGUCAUACUGUUGGAGUCACUCAUUGUGCUCUCAUCAUGAAUCACCUUCACAAUUUCAAUGGAACAAACAAAUCUGAUCCCACCAUGAAUCCUGCCCUCCUCGCGACACUGAAAUGUCGAUGCCCCAGGAAUGGAGCAUCAGGGAAUAACACAAUCAACCUUGAUCAGAACUUGCCUAGUGCAAACAAAGUGGACAACAGCUACUACAACCAACUCAUUUUAAAUAAAGGCAUUCUCGAAAUUGACCAGAAGUUGGCUUUGGACCCUGCAACCAAAAAUCUAGUUUCAGCUCAAGCUACUGGAUCCAACUUCCCAGCCCUGUUCAACAACGCUAUUAUCAAGAUGAGCACCAUCCAAGUCCUUACUGGAAUGCAAGGAGAAAUAAAAAAAUCCUGCCGAUCGAUCAACAAGCUUUAA